AUGUACUUAGAAGUUUUUCGUGGGCGUUCUACCGGCUCUUGGUCCUCUUUCUCUUCACCUUCACCUACAAUAGGAUCCGGCACAUCCUCGUUGUUGUUUUCUUCUUCGAACUCCGCCCCUUCCUGUCAGAACGGUCUUUUCUCUCUUUUCUCACACAAAAUCCUCCAACUCCUCGAUCUCCCUUCACACAAGUCCGCCACAUCCUCCAAUCUCCUUUCCGCCGCCGCAUCGGCCUCUGCCUCGCUCAAGCACCGCCGCCCUGUGGGUGAGAACAUCCGCGACGAGGCCCGCUGCCACGCCUCGCCCCACGGCUUCUCUACCAAGUACGUCCCCUUCAACGCCGACCCAUUCUCCACCGACUCCUACUCCCUCGACGAGAUCGUCUACGAGCCAUCCCCGCGUCAUCUCCAGUAUAUGUUCCGUGAAAUUGUUCUUCCUGUAAUCCUCCGGUUUAGCUUGUUCUUGAAGUAUAUGUACCGCGAACUUGUUCUUCCUGGAAUCACCGAUCGAUCACCUCCGUUUUUUAUUGCGGAAAUCACGCACAGAAUAUAUGGAAUGGUGGACGUUACAAAGGGUUACAGAUAUUUAGGCAAUCACGUGUGA